GCGGUCCUGGCGCCUGCUCGUGAAAGGCGAGAUUUCCGGCAAAGCGCACCAGAUUUUGCGUGGUAAAGUGGGAGCGCCGCAGGGAAGGAACCCGAGGCAACAAAGACUGCUGGCCUCGCUUGCACAUUCCUGGCGCCAUCCCUACCUAACCGCAGAAGUUCCUCGGGCUUACUGUGUAUCUGACCGAGCGCCAGGCCAGGGGGGGCCCGCUUUUCGAAAUCGCGCGCUGCGCUCAGGGAGUUGGGGAAGACUCGGAGGUCUUCCUGGAGGCGGUGAUUUUGAGCAGAGCCCUAGAGGGUAGAUUCAAUUAUUCACUGAACGAAUAUAGGCGCCUGCUGUGUGCCAGACUUUGGGGCCUUGCAGCCUAAUGCUGCCGAUUUGUGCCAUAAUGCUAGGGCCCCUCUCCCCAAGGGUGCGCCCACUCAACACAGAGGAAUGCCAACCACAGCCGUGCUCGCCAGGGUCUUGACAAAGACUCCUAUGGCCUCCGCCUGCCGACUCCCGGUAGUGCCAGAGCAGGGGCGCGGGUGCCCAGCUUUCAUCACAGCCCGCCUCUGUACACAGUAGGUACCUGGCCGGGGAAAGCUCGUUCCGCAGCCCCCGAUGGAGCGCAGGCGGGCGCGGUGCGGACUACAUCUCCCAGCAUGCCCUCCGCAGCCCCGGAGCGAGGCGAGGCUCGGUGAGUCAGAGCCGCACAGUAAAUAUUUGUAUUAGCCGGAGCCGGCUCGCUAAUGGUGGACGCGUGAAGCGGAGGAGCGCGCGGCGGCGGGAGGCCGGAGCGGGCAGCGCGGCUGCGGUGGCGCCAUGUCCGUGAACAUGGAUGAGCUUAAGCACCAGAUCAUGAUCAACCAGUUCGUGCUGACGGCAGGCUGUGCGGCCGACCAGGCGAAGCAGCUGCUGCAGGCGGCCCACUGGCAGUUCGAGGUAGUGCCCAUGCGUGUACACCCGAGUGUACAGUGCUGUGUUCGUGCCCUCCUCUGUGCUGGCAGGGGAUUCUACCUGCACAGAACAGUCUUGGGUGUAAACCCCACCUCUGCCAUCCUCCUGCUCUGUCACCUUGAGAACAUUCUGCUGGAGACUCAGACAGCCCUCAGCGCUUUUUUCCAGGAGACCAACAUCCCCUACAGUCACCACCACCACCAGAUGAUGUGCACUCCCGCCAACACCCCUGCAACGCCCCCCAACUUCCCUGAUGCCCUCACCAUGUUCUCCCGUCUCAAGGCUUCUGAGAGCUUCCAUGGUGGCAGCAGUGGCAGCCCAAUGGCUGCCACAGCCACGUCGCCCCCGCCGCACUUGCCCCACGCGGCCACCGGCAGCUUUGCAGCACCCAACUGGCCAAUGGUGGCUUCACCCCCAGGGGGGCCACAGUACCACCAGCCACAGCAGCCACCCCUGUGGACUCCGGCACCCCCUUCCCCGGCAUCAGACUGGCCACCCCUGGCCCCCCAACAGGCCACCUCAGAACCAAGGGCCCACCCUGCCAUGGAGGCCGAGAGAUAAGAGAGGCCCCUCCCCCCUCCCGGAGGCCAGGACCCCGUGGGGCGGGGGAGAAGACAUCUCUGCUGGCCCCCUCUACCCUCUUCUGUCUGCACCCCCAUUCCCCAAAGCCCUGGAGGGGAGAGACUGGACCCCUGUGCCAGCAGCACACAGGCUGCCCACAAGUAUACAGAAGUGCAGGCACACGGCACCCAGCUUGCAUGGAUUUGGUUCAGAGUCAUCUGGGUGCUGGUGGACAGAACUUCAGAGACCAAGCAGCCUUCCCUAGAAGACUCACCCCACCUCCAGAGGCUGCGGAGACUUGCCUGGCUCCUGCCUGGGAGCUCCUUGAGGCCAGCAGGCCUAGAUCCCCACCCUCGGGAAUGCAGAGCCUUCUCCGCAUGUGUGCGUGUGGCAGUGUCUGUGUAUUUAUACGUACGUCACUCUUCAAGAAGCAACCUAGUUUAUGGGGCAGCUGGACUUUGCAUGUUAGAGUGAGCCCCUUGCCCGCCACCCCCUUCCCCAGGGCCCUCUCCUCUCCCCACCCCCUCAGCAGCCAGCCUUGCUGUUCCCUGCAGAGAAAAGAAUUGUGGGAAACUCCAGGACUCUUCCCACCCAUCCCCCAGCGCCUGCCUGCUGGGACUGCCUGCAUGCCUUGCCCAGAGCCCGGGGGUACCCCAUACCCAUUUCCUUUCCCCCUUUUAAGAAAGGAGAAGAAAGAGUUCCAAACCACCACCAGGCUCUGUGGUCUUGCCUCUUAUCCUAAGCUUUGCUGCCAGCUGGCUCUGUGGGGAGGGAGGGCACAGACUGAGCCCAGAACAGAGGGCUACCCUCAGCCCCGCCUGGCCUCACACUGCUCCUGUGUGUUGCUGUCUUUUCAACCACAACAUGCUCUGGAAUCUUCCUGCCUACCCAAGGCUUUUCCCAUAAAAUUAGUUUCUGGGCCUGUAUUCCCAGAAUCCCAGCCUCUGUCGGCCCACCCUACCCCCUUGCUGGCUAGAGGGACCCCGACCUCCAUGGCUAACAACUGCCUUCCGGUCUGCCUGAGUUUCACAUAAGGACCUUUCUUCCUGUCUCAGGGCCCCCAGUGGCUGGCUGAGGGCUGGACCCCCAAGCCCAACCUCCAGCGAAUGUGCUGGGUGGGGCAGGGCCCUCCCCUGGGGAGGCACAGGCCACAGUGCCUGUAGCAGGCUUGAAUGCAGAGCCUUUGGGGGCUAUUGAUGGACAGGACCAGGCUGAGGCAGAGUCCAACCAGUGCUCAAUCCAUUGGUCACUAAGGGGAUGGGCUGCUUCCGAACUGGGCUAGGGCAAAUACCUGCUGUAGCCCCAAGGAAAAAGCCAGAUGCCCCACAGGGGAGAGGGUCCCUGGGGCCUCCUACAGUUCCUCACCAACAUACCUCACUCCCUAAUCGGGGCGAACCUGCCCGGUGCCCAGCCCUGCCUCAGCACCUCAGCCCUGUGUGGAUUGCGCCUAGGUUGGAGAGCUGCUUGUUUCGGAAGGCCUGCCUGACACGUCUCGGCAAUCACCACCAACAGUGCUCUUGCUCCCAGGCUGUGCUUUCCGACAAGGAUGCCACUGCCCAGCUUUGUCUCCGCCCUGCUGGAACCUGGACAGGCUCUUGAUGAAGCCCACCUAGGAUGGCUGUUUACUCUCUGGUUGUCACUGAAGACCGACCUGUGGGCCCCCACUUGAGCUGUUGCUUACAUCCCAGAAGUGUGUCCUCACCUUGAAACCCACUUUCCAACAGCCUCUUGGAGUCCAGAGAGGACACGGCUCUGCCUAGGGAGCAGCUUCUCCAUUUUUUUGGAUAGAAGACAAUUCUCAGGAAACUGGCACACCCCCUCUUCAAGUGGUAGGAAAGUGCUUUGCAGAGGCAAGCAUUUUUGGGUUAUCAGCUGUGUGGGGUGAGCAUGCCUGGGCUCUCCCAGUGAGCUGAUUACUGGGGUGGCUGUAUGCUUUGGAACCACGGGAGACAGUGCACUGUCUAGAAUUUGCUGUUCUGGAGACAAAGGGAGCUUGACUGCCCCGCCCCCAGGCAGGCUCUGUGUGGUCUGUAUGUGUACACCCUUACUGCUCAAGUGGGUCCUCAGACCAGCAGCAUCACCUGGGGCUUGUUAGAGAUGGAACCUCAGGCUCCAGUUUGAGAAAUGUUCCUGGUAAGUGCUUGUCUGUUGGAGGUGAGGCCCAUUUCUUUUUUUUUUGAAUCCUCACCCGAGGACACUUUUCCAUUUAUUUUCAGAUAGAGUGGGAAGGGGAAGGAGAGAGAAA